CUUUAUCAUCAAUACCAGCCUCUCUUCAAUUAAUCCCACUCUCCAGCACGAAAUUUUCCUGUAUGCCAAUCCUUCGAGCAAGUACACAAUUCCUCCGAACGCUAUCCAGCUUCAAAGCUUCUGCAACAAACCUCAGCUUUGGGCAACCAACGAUUCGUACGAUGGCCUCAGCGGUUUCCAAACGCCUCGAAGGCAAGACCAUCCUCAUUACGGGCGCGUCCUCAGGAAUUGGUCGAGCUACCGCAGUGGAAUUUGCGAAGACUGCGCCGAAGAAUUUGAAGAUUAUUUUGACUGCGAGGCGGCUUGAUACCUUGAAGGAGAUUGCGGCGACCAUAAACAAAGAAGUGGGGGAGGGGGUUAAGGUUCUGCCAGUGAAGCUGGAUGUUAGCAAUGCGGCAGAAGUUAGGGAAUUCCUGAAAGGCCUCCCAGAAGAAUGGAGAGAGAUUGAUGUUUUAGUGAAUAAUGCAGGAAUGGUUAAAGGCACAGCGAAAGCCCCCGAGAUUCUGGAGGAAGAUAUCAACAUUAUGAUGUCGACGAACGUUACGGGAUUGAUUAAUAUUACACAAGCCGUUCUGCCAGCCAUGAUGAAGAAACCUGAUGGUGGAAAGGGAGAUAUUAUCAAUAUUGGAAGUAUCGCAGGACGAGAACCAUACGCUGGAGGCAGCAUAUACUGUGCAACAAAGGCAGCUGUUAGAGCGUUUACAGACUCUUUGAGGAGGGACUUGAUAGCCUCGAGAGUGCGGGUUAUUGAGAUUGAUCCUGGUGCGGUUGAGACCGAAUUCUCACUUGUUAGAUUCGGGGGUGACAAAGCAAAGGCCGAUGCCGUUUAUACUGGGUUUGAGCCUUUGACUCCUGAAGAUAUCGCCGAACAUGUGGUGUACUGUGCUGGAAGAAGGGAAAAUGUGGUCAUUGCAGACUCACUGAUCUUCCCUAACCAACAGGCCGGAUCGGCACCGGCUAUUCACAAGAAGUAGAGCUGUCGCUUUCAUGUCCUUUAUAUAGACCCCUACAAAUAGACAUCAGUUCUCAAAGAACCAUGCAAGCAAAAAUCAUGAUCAAGUAGCAGCGUCAUACUAGAUUGCGUGAUGCCCAGGAAACUUGACAAUUUUAUUACCGACAGGCACUGACAUUCUCUCUCUCUGUAUAUAUAUAUCAACGUUGGGUCUAAGUGAGCAGCAAAGGACUAGCAGUUGCAGGGUAGCCCAAAAGUAUGCUCUCUAAGUCUUGAUAUUAACGGCUAGCGGAGCUACCAAUAAUUCU